UUGCUUCUGUUCAGUCUCAUGUGUGCAACGCUUCGAGUCGGUAGUCGGUGGUCGGUGGUUCGGUAGUCAAUAGUCGGGCAGACACUAGCUGUAGGCAAUAACACUGUAUAUAAUGUGAUUGCCAUUGGCAUCUGUGAAUACUGUGAAAAAACAUCUGUAGCACAGACCAGACCACAUCGCAUCUGUAUCCGUAUCUAUUGAAUCACCUCGACACCAGCCCCAUUAGCGCGCAGUGGACAGUGUGGAGAGUGGACAGAGUGGAGAGUGAAGAGUGGAGAGUAUUCAGAUCGUACGGUACAAUGCGUCUGUUUGUCUCCUCCUCUCUGUGGCUGCUCGUCACGCUGGUCAGCACAGGUGAAUGUCGCUCCCUCUUCCUCCCCCUCCUCCUUCUUAUUCUCCUCUUUGACACACAUAUUCACGCAUGUCGUCAUCGUCAACCCUCCCCCGUAGCUCUAGCGAUUACCUGCUUCGAAUGCGAUUCCGUUAACGACGCCGGGUGUGGGGAGAUUUUCUCGGGCGAUGACAUAGCCAAGACGGAUUGUAAUGCCGUUGAAGUCCUCGGCAACAUGCGAUCGUAUUACCCACAAAGAGGCGAGCCCACUUGCCUGACCAAGUACUAUGAGGGUGCGCCUGGAAGCUCCCGUUUCGUGCGACGUUCUUGCUUCUUUGGCGACUCCUCGCCGGCGGAUUUCAGCUGCGACGAGUCGCCGGAUCCAUUGGUGCCGUAUCAGAGUUUCCUUGGCUGCACGCUCUGCAGCAGCGAUCUAUGUAAUGCAGCGAGCAGUGGCAUGCCCUCUAUGUGGAUUGCUUUGGUCUUUGCUUUACUUUUGUGGCGCACAAACUAACAGGAGCGCACGGCAAUUCCCUUGGGAGUGCAAUCUAUGAAAUAUGCGGAGUGCAGAGUGAAGCCAUCUGGUUUAUGGUUUUAUACUUUAAACUUUAUACUUCUUAUCAAACUUCGAAACGUGACGAACGCAGCGCGCAACGAUUAUGGAAUUAUUUUUAAGCUCUUAUCUCUUUUUCCCUUUGGAUAAACAUGUUUUUGUUUUAAUUUUUCAUUUAUUUGAUUUUCGUUUCCGUUGUUUUUAUACAUCCACUAAAAUGAUUUAACAUACAUAUAAUAUAUAUAUAUUUUUAUAAUAGUUAUUCUUGUUUGUUUAAUAAUAUAAUUUAUUGAAUAAAAUUUUACUCAUCUCCUACUAUAUAUGUGUGUGUAUGUGUAUGUGUGUGUGUGUGUUGUAACUAGAAUUUAUCGUUUAAAAAUUAUGCAUAAAUUAAAUAAAAUCAACACACACUCGUCUCGCAAUUGAUCUUUUAAUAUAAUAUUCAGAUAAUAUAUUUAUGUGUUGGAUGUACAUUUAUUUCCACAGUUUGCUGCAUAAAUUAUUGUUUAGGGGUUAAGGGUAUGGGUUGACACGAUCACUAUAGCAUGGGUUAUGGGUUUAGCUCGCUGGCGCCUACAACUAUUCAUUUCACUUUGCAAGGGCUACACAUAAAUAACAUUCAAAUAUAAAUAUAUCUGUUUAUAUGUUUAUGUUUAUGGGUAUUUAUCUGUAGAUAAUAUAUAGGCAUAUAUCAAAUAUUAUAAACUACACACAUUGAGAACAAUUUCAGAUAGAAAAAACAGUUUUUUUUAUGUACAACAGAUUUAGUGUUUGCUUUACCAAAUACUGUCCAUGUAAGCGUUCCCUCUCUCUA